UAGAAUUUAGCUUCCCUUUUAUAAUGAUUUUAAUAUUUAUUCUGAAGAGCUGGACAGAAAGUUCCAGUGCAGUUCAAUGUCAUAUGUUGUCUGUAUUUCUUUUAGAAGAAAAUAUGAACUUCUUAAAGCGCUUCUUUCUUUGUUGUGUGCGCAUGUUUGUGUGCUCGUUUUACCAUGACAUUUCCUGCAUUAAAAAUAUAACGCCUUACUUAAAAGUACCACAAUAUCUUAGCACCUGUAUAAUGUCAAAUACUGUAAGACUCCCUCUAACAGCUCCAGGGUCUAAAAUUAAAAUAUUGUGACACAAAUGCGACACGUUCUUCUACACGUGGUGGUUGUUUAAUCAAGUUUCGGCAACACCAAAUAUUUAUUUUGCUUUUAGUGGUUGGACACAUUGAUAUGUGUAUUGUAUCACUUCCCUUUGCCAUACAGGUGUUGAUACAUUGCUGCCAAAUGUAGUUCGUUUUGCUAAAACAGGAAGCUGCUCUAAACGUCUGUCAACAACUUGACUUACCGGAGGAUCUGCUUUAUGACUCUGGGUUUAAGAUGAUAUAGCUCUGCCAAUGCUGUAAAUUCCUCUCAUACCAAGCAGAUUAGUUUGUUUAUUCUUUUUUAAAUUUUUAGUUUGAUAUGAAUUGUGAUGUCAAGUGUCCAAUUUUGUCCCACCUAGCAGUGGUGAAAUCCCUGGAUCGAGAUUGGGAUCAGUUCCAAAAGUUAAUCGCUUCCAAGUUGGGGGGCAAAAAAACACCUCUGUUUAUAUUUUCUUUCAAAUACGCCAAAGUCUUUUUGAGUAAUCCUGCAACAGAAAGACAAACUGAACCGCUCCUUUGGAGGUAACGAUUGAGGGUAAACUAAGUGACUGGUUUUUAUAUAGCCCUUUUCUACUUGAGCACUAAGAAAGCAGUUUAUACAACAUGUCUCAUAACCCAUUCAUGCACAUUCACACUCCAGAAGAUGUAUCAGGAUCAACGUGUGGUUGAGUGUUUUGCCCAAGGAUACUUUAGCAUGCAGUCCACAAACCUCCCAAUUAGUAGUACUGUACUACCACCUGAACACAGCCUCCAAGUGAUUAGGAGUUGUAGUGAAGAAGAAGGCAGACAAAAUACAAAGCUCUUUACUUGAAUUAACACACUGUUUAGAGUGAAUAUUAUCAUUACAUAUAUUACAGUGAAUAAACAGAUGGUUACUCCUCUCAGCUCUGAAAAGCUGAUGGGGUAUUGAGAUCACCCUGCCAGGCAGGCGCGUAGCUGUGAAGUGUGGACACGAAAGUUUAUGAAUGCAAUAACUGGAGAACGAGGCAACAUAGUAUUUCAAAACUGAUACCACAGAUGCUACUUAAAUCUCAGACGAGUGUGAAUCCCGGACAUCGGAGUCAGAGAUCAACUUUUCAGAUUUUUCAAAUUUAUACCAUAGGUGCAUUUAAUAGGAGGCUGAGGGUAGCACAGACAACCGCUGGUAUUUUUUUCUUCUGAUGUAUUGUUACACAUAUGUCUUGCAAUAUAUAAAGUAUUGUAGAAUCACUGGGGAUCAAAGUACUGUGAUAGUAUUGUGAGUUACUCUGUGACUCCCAAUGCUGCUUGCUGCAGUCUUACUUUGGUGGUUUACUCAAUUAUAAUAAUCCAGAUGAAACAGCUUGGCCUCCUUAAAAAUGGUUUAAAGACAGAAGACGGUCUUAUUGUUUCUAGAGGAUCGUAACAUUUUCUAAUCACAUCUGUGUCUGGUUUGGACAGCUGCUAAAUUCUUUUCUUUCUUUUUUGUCGUUUAAGUUUUUAUUUGUUUUAUAACAACCAAAGGAAUAACAAAUCUUAAACGUAAAGCAGCCAAGUCGGCGCUUACCAUACCAUUCAUGAAUCUGAUCGUCCCAGUGGUGCAAGAGCAGUCCCAGGAUUUCUUGAAGUUCUCUGUAUUGUUAUUUAGCUUGGCCAGCAGGUGUUCAUAUGACACUUUCUCCAGCAUGAAUUCCAACCAGUUUUUAAUGUCCGGAGCAGAAGUGGUAUUACAUGACCUGUAUAAUCUGUGACCACUCCCAACUGUAUCACUGUAUUUUGGUGUUUUAAUAUUAGGUAUUAUUGUCCGAUUCCCCCAAUAGGCAUAGUCUUGGUGACAUGGGUAUCACCAUGCACAUUCUUAUGUGUUAUAAUUCUAUUUUCCAAAAUGGGGAAACGUAUUUACAGUCCCAGAUCGCAUGUAUAAAGGUUCCUGGUUCUGCUUGACAUUUCCAACAUAAAUAAUUGGUAAGUAGACCCGUUCUACAAAGGCUAGAUGGAGUAAAAAAAACUGUACUAUCUUAUAAUGACUCUUUAAUGUUUCCUAUUAUGUGACAGUAUCUUUAACCAUCCAUCAUCAUUAUUUGGACAGCCAAGGUCCCUCUGCCAGAUAAUCCUGAGAGCUUUACAGACUGUUUGUAUGCUAUUAAAUAAUUUGUGAAAUGCGGAUGCCUUGUGUUUGAUACUGAGUAGAUCCAUACAUUUUUGUAUGUAUGAAAUUAUCUUUAACAAUGCAGCAUCUAAUCUAUAAGUAUUUCCAAAAGUUAUCUUUUUGUUUUUUAACAUUAUAUCUAAGCAUGAAAACCCAAAAAAACACCCCGCCUGUGUAUAUACAUCACCUAUAUUGUGUGUCCCCUCCAUAAGUCACUUUCUAGUAUGCAAUUUAUUCCCAACACAGAUAAAAAGGUUGAACCAUAAUGAGGAGUACAGCUGUUUAAAAUGUGACAUGGCAUGCAUCCCGUGUCUCUUUUCUUUCUUUGUUUGCUUCUUGUCCUAAGUUCACCAUCCCUUUAAUCAUUAACCUCCUUUUUUUAUUUUUAGAUCUGUGGUUGCAUUAGACCAUCAAACUGUUGCAGAAUCACUGAUCAGGGUCGUUUUAUGACCAUGCUGUUAACGCUCUAUAGGCCUUGACUUACUACUUUUGGUUUUUCAAGUAUGACAUGAGUGCCGGGACAGAUGAUUCAAACAGCAGAGAGCCCAGUCUUGAAGACCCAAAAAGCCAUGAUGUCUCUCAGUUGUCUUCUGGAUUGGAGCCCACGGAACUCGACCACAGCGGUGAGGGACAGGACUCUGCCAGCUCAGUGAAGGAGCCAGAAACCACAGCUCCAGCAGACGCCAGAGAGAGGCCAGUGGGUUCAGAGUUUGCAAUAACAAAACAAACAAGCUUGCCGUUAGAUGAAGAUAAAAGGUCAGAUGCGGAGCAUACACCUGCAAUGUCAGAGGAGGUCGUGUCUGUGGAGAAAACCAAGCAGGAACCAAUGUUAGUGCAGGAUAACGAUGAAGAUCUCCCCAAGGUCAAGCGGAACGAUGAAGAGAUAAAAGAGGAGAGGCCAACUGAGGCCGAGACUGAACCUGUGAAAGAUGCUGAAGGCGAGGAGGUUACAGGAAAAAAGGAGCAGCUGGCAGAGAGCGCAACCAAGAAUGUUAUGGCUGACACCACGGAGAAGGAAGACAGUGAAGAAGAUUUGUACAGAGGCGAAGAGGAGCUGUCUGCGUCACAGCCCGAGCUGGAGACAAAACUUUUAAAGGUGGAGGACAGAUGCAGUUUGUCACCGGUGGUGAAUAUUCUGUUGUACAGUGAGAGGGAGUGGAAGGGAAAUACUCUUAAAAGCGCUCUCAUUAAAAAGGGUUAUAAGGAGAUGUCCCAGAGCUUUGCCAGCGUACGAAGAGUCAGGGGGGACAACUACUGUGCCCUCAGAGCCACGCUGUUCCAAGUGUUGUCCCACAGCACCCAGUUGCCUGCGUGGCUGCAGAAUGAGGACGUCAUCAUGCUGCCAAAACAACUGGAGGCUCAGGAUGGGCUGAUAAGUCAGUGGACAUUUCCUGGAGAGUGCCUGCAGAGAGAUGGGACAGGAGAUGCCGUCCAGCAGCUUAAAGGCUACAUGGAGCUUCUCCGUAACACGUGGCAGGCAGCGGUGGACUGUGCCACCAACGCUGAGCGUCAGCAGCUCUGUGAGCGAGUGUUUCAGGGUGGAGAAGAGGAGCUCGGUCUGCUGGAGGCUCUCAAGCUGCUGAUGCUGAGCAGAGCGGCAGAGUUGCACAGCUGCAUGCAGGGCGGUGAAGACGUCCCCCUCUUCUGCUGGCUGCUGUUCGCACGGGACUCCUCCGACUGUCCACGCUCUUUCCUCUCCAACCACCUCAGCCACGUGGGCCUGACCGCAGGUCUGGAGCAGGUGGAGAUGUUCCUGCUGGGCUACGCCCUGCAGUGUACCAUUCAAGUUUACAGACUGUACAAGGCAGACACAGAGGAGUUUGUCACCUACUACCCGGACGACCAUAGGGACGACUGGGAAUCUGUGUGCCUCGUCACAGAGGAUGAUCGCCACUACAAUGUGCCCGUUGUAGAAGCUGCAGAAACACAAAAGGAGCUCCCCUCCAGCUGAUUGCCACUGCAGAAAAACCUCCUGCCAUACAAACACCCCUCAGGUUGAUCAAGAUUUAUCAAUUAAAGGUAUAGUUUUGGGAAGUGUGCUUAUUAAUUGACAGCCAGCAGUAAGUUUGCUUAGUUUAGUACAAAGAAUGGAAGUAAAGGGUACAAACAUACAACCACCAGCACUUUUGAUUGUUUGUUUUUGUUUUUGUUUUUUUACUUUAAUCCACACAGAAAUCAAUGACACAUUAUGAUUUUCUUCUUCUCUGGACAGAGGCGCCUCGCUAACCUUUCUCUAUUUCCUUUAUUAUCUAUUAACCUUUUGUGGUAAUCAAAGAUUUUAUCCUCUUGCUAAAUUAGUAACAGGUUAUAUAAUUGGCUUCAGAAAUUUUAAGCCAGGCUUUCGUUAAAUUUACAUGUAAAUUUCACGUAACAGAGACUAAGCCAGCGAAAACACACCCAUGCUGUUGAGGAGAGCAGAACAGGUUAGACAGACACACAUGCAUCAGCACGAAUCAGCUGCUGCAGCUGUGCCGAGCAUGGGUCACAUCUGUCUGUACUGUUAGAUGAAAAAGGGAUCACAGAUCUGUUGCUUUAAAUUAUGAGCGAUCUUUAUCACUGUGCACACACUCCACCAGAAGUAGAGGUGAAUGCACGUUAAGAGCCUGGUCUCAGUUUUAAUCUCCAUCAUAAAAAAGCUGUUUAAAUAUCAGCAGGAAAGAGAAACAAGACAAACUCUUCUGUUGUGAUCGCUAGUUGGCUUAAAUUAAGAUACUUCUGAAGGAAAGGUGCUGGUGGGAGGAUGUUCUUACCUUUGGAAUGAGUGGUAACCUGAAACCUGCAGACCUCCACAAGAGAUUGAUGAUUUUUGUUUUGGGCCUUUUAUUAGAGAUGUUCCUGGCUAGUCAUCAUUUCUAAAAGGCAAAAUAAUAACUCAAACCUUUAGAAUUGAGCAGACCUUAAAUCAGGGAUGUCAAACUCAUUUUAAGUGGGCCGGACAGAUGAAAAUCUCCUUUGUGUCAGCGUGAAGAAGCUUAACUACACAUUUAAUCUCAAUAUAAGAAGAAGUGCGAUUUCAACACUACGUCUCAAAAGAAAUGCUGCUGCAGCAGACAAAAGAAUUCUGGGAUUUCAUUACAAGAAAUAAAUGUUACAAAUUACAGAAAAGUUCUGGUAGCUCAUUGCCCAGAAUGUCCUGCAAUUAUGAAGCAUACUUUUUUUUUAUUUUUAAUUCAGAUAAAAUGCUCUAUUUUAUUUAUCAGUUUUGCUGUGGACACACUGUAAAAAAGGAGAAACUUCUCUAGUAGAUGGUGCAGCUUUUCUGUCAUUUAAUUGGUUAUCCAGUACACAAUUACUAUGGUGCAGUAUGUGUGGCUGUGGAGGCGAUCUUAAUUAGUAGGAAAAGCAGUAAAACACACAGAAAACAGUCCAAUAUAAGUCCACGAUUUCUUACAUUGUCUAAAGAUAUCCAGUUGGCCAGAUUGGAGUCUUUGCCAGGCCGAUUCCAGCCCCCGGGACUUACGUUUUAAAUUUGUCAAGUUAAAAAUUUGACAUUCUGCAAACACAUUCCACGUUAAUGAAAAAGUCCUUUUUUCAUUCAUGCAAGCACACCCCGGUGCAGAAUGUGGUUAAACCUGGCUUUAGCUGCUUGUUUAACCAGCUAUUUCAGCAGCUGACUAGCGGGGGGAGGGCAACAUUUAAAUAACUAGUCAACUGGUACUGUUUGACAAAUAUUAUGGUCUGCUGUGUAGUAGGGCCCAUUCUAUAAGUUUUUUCAUCAGUUGUAGUGAAUUACUGCCUGAAUGUUGCACUGAUUACAGAGCGUAUCCGUCUAUGCACUGCACCCAUACAGUCUGUAUGUGGAGCUUUCUGGAUAACCUUGCGAGCAUUAGCUGACACGUUGACACAUCUGGCCGCAAAAACCAAAGUGCUUAAGGCCAUUAAGUAAACGUAACGUCACAGUGACUGUGUCCAUCUUCGGUAUACAGUUUAUGUUUUUGGCAGAGAACAGCUAGCUGUCUCCCCCCGCUUACAGUCCUUAUGCUAAGCUAAGCUGACUGCCUCCUGCUUCACAUGUCUAACUCAGCAAAUAAGCACACGUCCCAAAAAUCUUGACCUAUUCCUUUAAAAAACAAAAAAAAAACAAAAAACAACACACAACAAAAUGCUGAUUCAAGACCACGUACAAGAUUUGGUUUACAUGUUCUUGUACACACUGUACUGUAUACACAGUUUUCUAUUUGGAUAUGUGUACAUAUCGGAUAUCCUGUGAUUUUCUCAGAUAGACGCAGAUUCCUUUGCAGGGUGUCAUUUUGGAAGGAAAAAAAGCCCAAAUUUUCUCAGAAGUUUUUUGUUUUUUUUUAAUGUAAAAUUUUGAGUGAAGCUGCCAACAGCGCCAAAAACGUUAGGUGAUGGUAUUUACACUGGAUGUUGGGCACUUUGAGUGUUAAUUUAUUGUUUUGUUUUUUAAAACAAGUGUGACCGUCUAAAUUCAUUAAGUGAAGCAACUGAAUUAGUCAAUGAAGGGUUGGACGAUUUAUCAGGUUCAACACCAGAUGACGAUCAGAAGAUUACUCGCAUCCUCUGUGUCAGAGGUGUGAUUUGUGGCAGUCUGUGUGUGCAUGUGUGUUUGACUUUGUGUGUAUGUGUGUGUUAAACUCAAUGUGUAACAUGCUGCCUUUUAACCAAGCUGUUCUGAAGGGAAGAAAUGUGCCAAUGUUGCUGCUAACACUGGCAACAGACCCAACCACCAGCCGCUGGACUCAGAAAAGGCUCGCUUGGUCCUCCGUGUUGCCUUAGAAAUAAUGCACAGUAAGAAUGAAUGUUGGAUAUUGGUGAUAAGAGGCCAUUUAUGUCUUAAUUCCAGAGCAGGUAAAGGUGAUUAAAGAAAAUGUUAUGCCAUUUGCAGGAAUGUUCUUGCACUGUCAAAAGUUUUGGACAGCAUUUAAAUAAAAUGAUUUUUUUGGGGUGGUGGGGGUAAAGUUCUGGAUUGAGGUCUGUAGACAAAAUAAAACAGUGUAAAAACGUU